UGUUAAAAUCGCUUUGUUUGUCAACGUACUUUAGUCUACGUCAAAUGUUUGAAUUCGCUGGUCGAAUUCUCUUUUUCUACCAUGAUGAUGUUAUUCAAAUCAAUUAAACUAUAGUGAGAUAAUUUAUUUAUAUUCUUUGUUACACUUUUGAAUAAUAUUAAUCAUGUAUAACAAAUUUUUUCUACAAUUUUUACAAUAAAAUGUCUACAAGAAUAUCACAAGUAUUUCCUAACCAAUUUUCUAGUACAAGUGUUUUGGAGCUGAUAACUUGUGUAAAUUAUUUUUGGAGUAUUGGAGCACAAGUUAUAAAGCUGUGUUUACUUUUGACAAAACACUUGCACUUUUUUUAAAAUGCAGUCCUUAGGAGAUAAUACACUUGCAGCAUUUUCAAAACUCGAUAGCUUUCGAACUGGUGAAACGAGUAAUAUAAAUAAAUCUACUAAUGCAACCAAAGUUAAUGAAGAAGAUAGUGAUUUAGGAAAAUAUUUCAAAGACAGUAUUGUAUCAUUCACCAAAAAUUCUGAUAAGAGUCCCAAGAGAGCUACUCCAAAAAGUCCAAGAACUCCAAAAAAGAGCCCUAGAAAAUUAAUUCGGAGCAGACCAGCACUUGAUAUUGUGAUAGAAUCGAAAAAUUCUUUUCGAAAUGUUCAGAAUGACAAGAAUAAUUCUAAUGAUCGGUCAGCGAGUCCAGAACUCACAAGAUUUUUACGAAAUCCUAGAAGUCCGAGAAAAAUAUUCUGUGGGGCCAGUAAGGUGAGAAUGAAAAAAAUUCCAAGUGCUGGAGCUAUUUUAUCUUCAACUGACAAAAAAUCAGACGAAAGUAAAUCUUUAAAUAAAGCAGAAAAUUUAACGGACAUUUCUAAACCUUCGACAUCAAGAUUUUCAAGAACUGUUAGUAAUAUUGAGCUUCCUCGAACUAUUAUUGAAUCAUCAUUAUCAGUUAAUGAGUCAUCACUCCGAAAUGAUCAAAAUUUGAUUACGGAGCUUUCAGUGGAGAUUCCAUCAAUUAUCAAUAGUCAAGACAGGGUAAAAUUAGCUUAUUGGGGCUUGCCUUUAACAAUUUUAAGAAAAUAUGAAUCUAGAGGAGUAAUUAGUAUGUUUCCUUGGCAAGUGGAAUGUCUCAGAAACCCAGCAAUCAUCGAAAAAGGCAAGAACCUCGUCUACUCUGCACCAACAUCAGCAGGGAAGACUCUAGUUUCUGAAAUUUUAAUCAUCAAAACUGUCUUAGAGCGUAAGAAAAAGGUGAUCUUUGUCUUACCAUUCGUUUCUGUAGUUCGAGAGAAGAUGUAUUACUUCCAAGACCUUUUAUCUGAAGCUGGAAUAAGAGUUGAAGGCUUCAUGGGUGGAGUCCAACCUCCAGGAGGGUUUAAUGCAACUGACAUGGCCAUAGCAACUAUUGAAAAAGCAAAUUCUUUGAUAAAUCAGUUAAUGGAAGAAGGAGGACUAGAAAACCUUGGGGCUGUAGUUAUUGAUGAAUUACAUUUACUAGGAGAUUCACAUAGAGGUUAUUUAUUGGAAUUAUUAUUGACAAAAUUAAAGUUUAUGACUUUAAAAGAGGAACAUGUUAAUAUUCAAUUGAUAGGAAUGUCUGCGACACUACCAAAUCUUCAUAUUCUUGCUAACUGGCUAGAUGCUGAGCUUUAUAAGACAGAUUUUCGACCAGUUCCUUUGAAAGAAUUUUGUAAAAUAGGUUCCACUAUAUAUGACAAUCAAUUAAAUCAAAUCAGAGAGUUGAGCCCUCUGGAAGAUUUACCCAAUGAUUCAGAAAAUAUUUUACAACUUUGUUUAGAAACUAUCUUAGACAGCCAUAGUGUUUUAAUAUUUUGCCCUUCAAAAAAUUGGUGUGAAACUCUAGCUAAACAAGUAUCCACCGUCUUUUUCAAAUUGGGAACUGAAAAUAGAUCAUUGGGACAACGUUUACGUAACGAAUUAAGCAAAGAUGCAAUCAUGGAGACUUUGGAGCAACUUAAACGUACUCCAGUAGGUUUAGAUAAAAUUUUAAGACAAACUGUUUCAUUUGGAGUUGCUUUUCAUCAUGCAGGUUUAACCAUGGAUGAAAGAGAUGUUAUUGAAGGUGCAUUUAGAUCAGGAGCUUUAAGAGUACUUACAGCCACAUCAACACUCAGCAGUGGAGUCAACCUUCCAGCAAGAAGAGUCAUUAUUCGUACUCCAAUAUUUCAUGGUCAAACCAUUGAUAUUCUAACUUACAAGCAGAUGAUUGGAAGAGCUGGAAGAAUGGGUAGAGAUACUGCUGGUGAAAGUAUUUUGGUAUGUAAACCUCAUGAAAGAAAUGCAGUAAUUGCUUUAUUAAAAUCUGAUCUAAAACCAAUAGAGUCUUGUUUAGAAGGAGCUAGGCCUUUAGUUCGAGCACUGCUUGAAGCUGUUGCUAGUGAAGUGGCCUAUACAUUGGAAGAUAUAGUUGCAUACAUGAAAUGUACUUUAUUAAACUUUAGUAACAACUCAAAUGUAAUCGAAGAAAUUACAAAUCAAGCUAUUACAUUUCUAGUGGAAAAUGAAUUAUUACUUUUACAAAAAUCUCAGGAAAAUAUGAAUAGAUGGGUGGCUACUCAAUUAGGCAAAGCCUGUUUAGCUGCCUCAGUACCUCCAGCUGAUGGUUUAUUUCUCUUCGAAGAACUCCAAAAAGCUAGAAAAUGCUUUGUUCUUGACACAGAACUUCAUGUUAUUUAUUUGGUGACUCCAUUCAAUUCUGCUAGUCAAAUUGGUCAAAUUGAUUGGUAUGUUUACUUGGAUAUAUGGAAGAAUAUUUCCGACAGUGAACAGAGAGUUGGUCAUCUUGUAGGAGUAACUGAAGCAUUUUUAGCUUCUGCUUUAAAAAGAGAUCCAAAACCAGGAAAAUCUUUAGAUAUUCAUAAACGUUUUUUUACUGCUUUAGCUCUUCAUGAUCUUGUUAGAGAAAUUCCGUUACACACAGUUUGUCAAAAAUAUAGCUGUUCUCGUGGUGUUAUUCAAAGUCUUCAACAAACAGCUUCUACAUUUGCAGGAAUGGUAACACAGUUUUGUAAAAAACUUGGAUGGAGUUGUAUUGAAUUACUGGUCUCACAAUUUCAAGCGCGAUUGCAAUUUGGAGUUUGUAGUGAACUUUUAGAUCUUUUAAGACUACCUACGCUUAAUGGCUUGAGAGCAAGAAGUUUAUUUAAAUCAGGAAUCAAGUCUGUAGCAGAACUUGCCGUUGCUGAUGAACUGGACGUUGAAAGGGCUCUAUAUAAAGCACUUCCAUUUGAAAGUGAAAAGGAACAAGAUGGAGAACAUGAAAAUGAUGCCGUUAGAAGAAAUAAAAUGAGAACUGUUUUUGUAACUGGAAAAGAUGGACUUACACCUAGAGAAGCUGCAAAAAUGUUGGUGAAAGAAGCUAGAAGUUUAGUUCAAAAUGAACUGGGAUUAAAUGAGAUGCAGUGGGAAAAUAAAAGUAAAAAGAAAGAUGAGAGUAAUAUUGAAGCUUCUCAAGGCUAUUGUGGAACUGGUAGCACUAUUUCCGGUCUCAGCAAAAGUUUUAUUGAUAAGAAUGAAGAAAGCAAAAAUGUAAAUGAAACGCGAUCCAAUGUAAAUCAAUCUGUUGAUCAAACAGACAAGAAUCAGCAAAAUACUGUAGAAGUGAAGGAAAAUGUGAGUGUAAAUACAGUUGCAAAUCAUUGUAAAUCGAAAAAUACAUCUUUAUUCAAUGAGAAAUCUGAAUCUGAAGAUAAUAUUUCCGAGGUGAUGUCAGGAAAUAGUAAUCUUUCUGAGCUAGUAUCCGGACACAGCAAUCUAUCAGAGUUAAUCUCCGGGCACAGUAAUAUUUCAGAUUUGAUAUCAAUUCAUAGCAAUGAAAGAGCAGAGGAUGAAGGUAAUAAAAUUUUGGAUGUUGCGUUAGAUAAUCUUACUAUAGGAUUAGACAGCGAUGAUGAAAUAUUUGAAUCAGAGCCAGAUAAUAUUAUUUUAAAAAAGGAAACUAUUCAUGCAGAAGCAGAGAAAGUUGAUGAAGUAAUGGAAAUUGACAAUGAAGUCUUUGAAGAAGAGCCUAGAGCAGCUUCUGUUAUAAAUACGAAUAUUGAAAGUGGACUCUUUAGCACAGAAAUAGAAAAUGAAGAAAUAUCAUCGAUAAAUCAUCCUACUGUAGUGCCUGAAACUAUUCCAGAAUCAGAAUCAGUUGGAGAUGCUCGCAAGAAAGAUUCCUUCACUCCAAGUCCUAAUAUAUUUGAUGACAGUUUGAAUGUUGAUUCUCAGGAAUUGAAUAUACUAGAGAAAAAUAUUGUGGAUCUAGACAGUGUUGUGUUUAAUGAAACCCAUUUCUCUCAAGCAUCAUCAAGAAUGAAUAAAAAUAGUAUGGGAAGUUUAAUUACUAGUAGAGUUGAACAAAUUCAAAAAGACAGAGUUUUACGUUCAAAUAGAUCUGGUCAAACUAGGCCUUCUCCAGUAACAUCAAACAAAUCAAUUAUUUGGGAAGAAGACACUUGGAGCAAAACAAAACUGACUUCUCCAAUUGAAAAGUCCAAUCAAAGCGAAUUUUCAAAGAUGAUUGCCGAAAAAGCUAUUUUUGAAUCUCCAAAACCAGGACCUUCCAAUAUUGAUGGAAAGAAGGGAGAAUUUACUCCACCAUUACCACGAAGAAAAAGUACUGAAUCUAAUUCCGUAGAAAAAUCACAGGUUAAUAAAAUUCAUAGGUUGUCUCAAAGAAGGUAUAGCUCUCCAAGUGCCAAUAAAUCUCCUAUCGCAAGCUUAAUUACUUAUGAUACCUCUAGAAGAUUGUCUACUGGUUCAAGCAAAUCAGAAGAUGAUAUCAUCAUUCCUUCUCAAAGUGUAGAUAUUAUCAGAAGAGUGAAGAAAACACGAGCAAGGAUGAGAAUAGACUCUUUGCGAACCCAACAAACACAAAAAACUGUAGAAAAAAGUGUAAUUUCUUCUCAAGCAACAACAAAUAUUAAUAUAACUGAAGAACGUACUAUUCUUUCAUCAGGAGUAGGCGUAAAAAGGCGACUGAGCUCAAGUGAUAAUCAAAGCAAAAAGAAUUCGAUUGGUGAUGAUGGUACUCAGAGUGUUGUAUUAAACUCUGAUGAUGAAAGUAUUCCAGCAAAGAGGAGAAAUAUUUUAUCAACUUCGAGAAAACUUUUGUCAAAACCUCCAACAAAAAAGGUACGAAUAAUUAGAGAACACUAUACCCUGAAUGAGCUAUCUAUUGUUAAUAUAUCAGAAAGUGAACACUUUGAUGAGUUCAAAGCAGAAAUGAAUGGGCGAAGAGAGAUUUCAAUGGCUUUGGCAUGUGAAGUAUUUUCAGGAGAGAUUACUAGUAUUGGUACGAGAAUUAUUGGUGGUCAAACAUAUCAAAUCUUAAGGAAGUUACCACAACUUAAAGGUGGAAGUGCAGUGUAUAAUGAUAAAAAACUCUGUGGAAUUGGAUUUAGUUGGGGUCAAAAGGUUUAUUAUCUGCCUUUUGAAAACUCAAAAGAGGCUAACAAAGUUCCUGUCAAAAAAAGAAUGGAGUUAUUGACUGAAAUAUUUUCGUCAGCUAGUUUGAAAAUUCGGUGUUAUAACUGUAAAGAGAUUUAUAAAAUGUUAUACAAAUGUUGUGGAUUAACACCUGUGUGCAAAUUUCUUGAUUCAUCAACGGCCAACUGGAUGUUAAAUCCAGAUUAUCAAGAUAGAACGUUUGCAAAUUUAAUCACUGAAUUUUUACCAGAAGGUUUUGGUCUUUUACAAAAACUUGGACCGCUUUCUGUUGACGCUGGUCCUGGAAUGAAUGUCAAAAGUUCAACGUCCAGUGAACUCAGAUGCUGUACAGAAACUCUGCUAAGUUGGUAUCUUCUAGAAUGUCUUGGAAGAAAACUGGGAAAAAUGGAUCCAGCUUUGUUAACAGCUUUCAAAGAAGUAGAGAUGGGCACAAUGGCAAUAUUAGCAAGAAUGGAAUUAUCAGGAUUAGGAGUAAAUCUAGUUGCUUUACAAGAGCUUGCAGAUGUAAUUCAACAAGAGUUGACUUCUCUUGAGAACAAAGCUUUCGCAUUAGCAGGAAGAAAGUUUAAUUUUUCAUCACCUAGAAGUGUUGCUGAAGUGCUCAAACUGACUACUGGUAAGAAAAUUAGUACUAGUAAGAUGGUUCUAGAGAGAUGUGAUCAUCCAAUAGCUAAAUUAGUCCUGAGUUGGAGAAAGUUAAGUACAACGUUCACUAAAGUUGUUUGUCCUCUAUUAAGUGCUUGUGAAAGAAGUUCUAGGAUCCAUGGAAACUGUUUUACUAAUACUGUUACUGGAAGAGUAUCUAUGUAUGAUCCGAACUUGCAAAAUAUUCCUCGAGACUUUGAAGUAGCGGAUAAUAGUUUUACUAUCAGCAUCCGUAUGGCAUUUGUUCCUGCUCCAAGAAAUGUUUUAUUAUCCGCAGACUAUUGUCAGUUAGAGUUAAGAAUUUUAGCUCAUUAUUCUAAAGAACCAACACUCAUGAGUAUUUUAAAAAAACCUGGGGAUGUAUUCAAAAAUAUUGCAGCUCAAUGGCAUAAUACAUCAGAGUCUCAAGUCGAUGAUAAGAUGAGACAACGAGCUAAACAGUUGAUCUACGCAAUGAUCUACGGAAUGGGUGUAAAAACAUUAGCAGAAACCCUGCAAGUUGAGGAAUCAGAAGCUCGAGAUUUCCAAGACACAUUCAUGGGAGCUUACCCUGGAUUGAAAAAAUGGAUCAAUGAAACACUUGAAAGAGCUCGAAAGAAAGGCUUUGUGAGAACAUUGAUGAGACGUCGAAGAAUGCUACCAGCAUUGAAUAGUGAAGCUGCUGGAGAAAAAGGUCAAGCCGAAAGACAAGCAAUUAACACAAAGAUCCAAGGAUCUGCUGCUGACAUAGCUAAAAAAGCUAUGAUUCUUGUAGAUGAAAAAAUAAGAGCAGCAUUCGAAGGUAUGCCAAUGGUCUUACCAGAUGAACCAUUGAAGAGAAAAUUGAGACGUAGUCAAGAUUUUUUACCUCGAGGAGCUUACUUAGUCCUUCAACUUCAUGAUGAACUUCUUUAUGAGGUUAAUGCAACAGAUUUAAACUUAGUAGCAAGAAUUGUCAAGGAAUCAAUGGAGCAGGCUCAUCCUUUAUCAGUUCCUUUGCCUGUUAAGAUUAAAUCUGGCCCUGCUUGGGGUGACCUCACUGAAUAUAAUUUUAAUCAAGAUGAUGUUUAAUCAAUUUUUUUUAAUCAUUUUGAUUCGUGCUUUAUUUUAAUAUUAAUUAUAUUUUUUUUUCGCUAUUGCGACUUUCAAUUCGAAAUAAUCAAUUGUAAUCAAUUUAUUUAUUUAUCACUGCAAUACUUUAUUUAUUUAUACAAUGCAAUUGACGCCAGCAAUCAUGGGAAGCAUUAGAUAAAAAUUACUCAAUCAAUUUUUCUUAUAAAUAUAUUAUUUUAUUUUAAUCAUAUUUAUUACAAAAACUGAAUACAACUAAUGAAAUUGAUUUUUU